AUGGGCCGCCUUCUGCUGAUGGGAUCAGGACUGAGGCUCAGUACCAUUAAUAACAACCACAGCCUCCUGGACCCCUGGUCUAUCGGGUCACUGUCCACAGCCUCCUGGACCCCUGGUCUAUCGGGUCCCUGUCCACAGCCUCCUGGACCCCUGGUCUAUCGGGUCCCUGUCCACAGCCUCCUGGACCCCAGGUCUAUCGGGUCCCUGUCCACAGCCUCCUGGACCCCUGGUCUAUCGGGUCCCUGUCCACAGCCUCCUGGACCCCUGGUCUAUCGGGUCACUGUCCACAGCCUCCUGGACCCCUGGUCUAUCGGGUCCCUGUCCACAGCCUCCUGGACCCCUGGUCUAUCGGGUCACUGUCCACAGCCUCCUGGACCCCUGGUCUAUCGGGUCCCUGUCUACAGCCUCCUGGACCCCUGGUCUAUCGGGUCCCUGUCCACAGCCUCCUGGACCCCUGGUCUAUCGGGUCACUGUCCACAGCCUCCUGGACCCCUGGUCUAUUGGUUGUAUCCCAGAGGCCCACCUUGGCAGUUAGAGGAAAGGCUCCGCCCCCAUCACCAUGACAGCAGCGUUGCCACGGAACGCUGCCCCCCCUGUCUGUGCCUGGCCUGUUGCUCCUCCCCCUGCUUCUGCUGCCCCUCCCCAUCGCACUGUCCCAGAAACCCAUGCUGCCCUCCCCACCCGCCCCCACGCCCGCCCCCCCAGUACCUAUCCCGGCCGGAGUGUACCCGGAGAGAACACCCUGUGGUCACCUUCCAAGCCCUGAGUCCUUGGAUCACUAUAUUCUCCCACCCAGAUGUGAGAGACUACUCUCAACUGACCCUUGACCUGACCAGGAAUGAGUUGAUAGUGGGGGCAAGAAACUUCCUCUUCAGAUUGAGCCUCAACAAUGUGUCUCUCAUCCAGGCAACGGAAUGGGGUCCAGACGAUGACACCAGGAGGUCCUGUCAGAGCAAAGGGAAGACGGAGGUGGAGUGUCAGAACUACAUCCGCGUCCUGCUGGUCAAUAAGACUGAGGUCAUUACCUGUGGAACCAACGCCUUCCAGCCCCUCUGUAUCACCCGGGAGGUUGGGAAUAUGAGUAGUGUGUUGGAUCGCGUGAACGGCGUGGCAAGGUGCCCCUACGACCCUCGCCAUAAUUCCACGGCGGUGGUGACGGAGAGCGGCGAACUAUACGCCGCCACGGUCAUCGACUUCUCUGGUCGCGACCCUGUCAUCUACCGGAGCCUAGGGGGCAUGCCACCCCUCAGGACGGCCCAGUACAACUCCAAGUGGCUCAAUGAGCCCCAUUUCAUCUCAGCCUAUGAUGUGGGUCUCUUCACAUUCUUCUUCCUGCGUGAGAACGCUGUGGAACACGACUGUGGGAAGACCGUCUACUCCCGGGUGGCCCGUGUCUGUAAGAACGACAUUGGAGGGCGGUUCCUACUGGAAGACACCUGGACCACCUUCAUGAAGGCCAGGCUGAACUGCUCGCGCUCCGGAGAGUUCCCCUUCUACUAUAAUGAGCUGCAGAGCACCUUCUAUCUGCCUGAACAAGACCUCAUCUACGGGAUAUUCACCACCAAUGUGAACAGUAUAGCAGCGUCUGCAGUGUGUGCGUUUAACCUCAGCUCCAUCACCCAGGCCUUCAAUGGACCCUUCCGUUCCCAGGAGAACCCCCGCUCUACCUGGCUGCCCACCCCCAACCCCAUCCCCAACUUUCAGUGUGGUACCAUAGAUGACGACGGCGGUCCUAACGAUGGUCUGACGGAGCGCAGCCUCCAGGACGCCCAGCGGCUGUACCUGAUGAACGACGUGGUGCAGCCCGUCUCUGUGGACCCCUUGGUCAUGCAGGACGACGUGCGCUUCUCCAGGCUGGUGGUGGACAUCGUACAGGGCCACGACACACUCUACCAUGUCAUGUACAUCGGCACAGAGUACGGCACCAUCCUGAAGGCUCUUGCGACCACCAAUAAGAGCCUUCAAGGGUGUUACCUGGAGGAGAUCCAGCUCUUCCCCGAUGGGGUGCAGGAGCCAAUCUUGAGCCUGCAGAUUCUUCAAAGUGAUAGGUCACUGUUUGUAGGACUCGACAACAAAGUUCUGAAGAUCCCUCUGGAGAGAUGCUCCAACUACAAGACUGAGAUGCUAUGCCUGGAGGCCCGGGACCCAUACUGUGGCUGGGACAGGAAACAGAGGCAAUGCACCACCCUGGAGGAUAGCUCUAACAUGAGCCAGUGGAGUCAGAACAUCACUGUGUGUCCGCUGAGGAACCAGAUCACCAUUGGCGGCUUUGGACCCUGGGCAGCGUGGCAACAAUGCAGCAACGACGACGGCGAAGGCACCAGCACCUGUCUGUGUCGCUCCAGGGAGUGUGACAACCCUCCAGCUCGCUGUGGUGGGAGGAACUGUGAGGGGCCCACCAUCGAAGUCUCCAACUGUUCCAGAAACGGAGGCUGGACCCCCUGGUCGUCAUGGGGACAGUGCAGCACCACCUGUGGAACGGGGUUUGAGAUGCGCCAGCGCUCCUGCAACAACCCGUCGCCCCGUCACGGUGGUCGCGUGUGUGUGGGCCCCGUCAGGGACGAAAGGUUCUGUAACGAGGGUGUGUCAUGUCCCCAGCCUAUCUUCUGGUCCCCGUGGGGUUCUUGGACUAAGUGCAGUGCUGAGUGUGGAGGUGGGGUCCACUCCAGGGUCAGGAGCUGUGAGAAUGGGAACAGCUGCCCAGGCUGCGCACUGGAGUACAAGGCGUGUAACCUGGAGGCGUGUCCAGAGGUAAAGAGGAACACCCCCUGGACCCCGUGGAUGCCCAUCAACGUGACCCAGGGCGGGGCACGCCAGGAGCAGAGGAUGCGCUACAUGUGCCGCGCCCAGCUGGCAGACCCCCACGAGCUGCAGAUCGGACGACGCAAGGUAGAGACCCGCUUCUGCCCCAACGACGGCACGGUUGCCUGCGAGACCGACACUCUAGUGGAGGACCUCCUGAGGACCCCUGUGGUACGAGUGGCAGGCGCCGACUGGUCGUCAUGGGAGACGUGGUCCGCCUGCUCCCAGGACUGUGCCAAAGGGUACCGCACCCGCAAGCGCACCUGUACCACCCCAGAGGGCAAGGCUGCCCCGCCAGCCUGCAGGGGCUCGCCCGUGGAGUACCAGGACUGCAACUCUCAGGCCUGCCAAGUGAGUGGAGCCUGGUCGUGUUGGUCGUCCUGGUCUCAGUGUUCAGUGCCCUGUGGUGGAGGGCACUACCAGCGUACCCGCUCCUGUAACAACCCCAGCCCUGGCAACGGAGGAGAUAUCUGUAUUGGUCUACACACUGAGGAAGCGCUGUGCAACACACACACCUGUGAUGGCGGCUGGAUGGCCUGGUGUCUGUGGUCAGUGUGUGACAAUGCAGGGCUGCAGGUACGCAGCAGGGUCUGUGGAGCUCAAGGCUCAUCCCCAUGUGUGGGAAACAGCACCGAGCACAGGGACUGCAAUGAGAUCCCAGUGAUUCUCCCGGCGUCUGGCUUUGAUAAGGACCAGCAAUGCGGAGCAUUCACCUCGCUGCACCUGAUAGCCACAGGCGUGUCCUGUUUCCUGGGGGCGGGCCUUCUGUCCUUUCUGGCCUACGUGUAUAGCCAGCGCUUCCACAAGCCUUCGCAGGAAUCCGCUGUCAUACACCCCACCACGCCCAACCACCUCAACUACAAGGGCAACACUACACCAAAGAACGAGAAGUACACGCCCAUGGAGUUCAAGACUCUGAACAAGAAUAACCUGCUCCCAGAUGAGAGGUCUAACUUCUACCCAACACCCCUGCAGCAGACUAACAUGUACACCACCACCUACUACCCCACAGCGCUGGGCAAAUAUGACUACAACAGGCCUGACUCCUCCCCUUCCCCCUGCAGGACCUAUAACAACAGCUGAGACACCCCGCCCCCACAACCAUGGCCCCCGGCACCGCCCACCCAGACUGAACUGAACUCCACCCCAAUCACAAUGGUGACAGAUGGAAUGGUGACUGAACCCAUCCAUUUUUGCUCCCCUCUCCUUUAUCCCAUGGUAUCUACCAAAUGGUGAGGGGGGUGUAAGGGUAUACCUGGAACAUACACUCUGUAGAGGUGCUGAUGCCUCCAUUAGACUCGCUAAGUAGAGCCAGGAUUUUGAUGAUAGUUUGGGGUAUAUUUUGGGGGGUGUGAGUACUGGAUAUCACAGUGUCAACAUAGUGCUUCGGUGGAGAGAUAAAUUAUGAACUCUAUAAGACACUAUAAGCUACAGUAUGGAGUUGAACUACUUAUCCCUGUGGAACUUGACAACCUGGGCGCCUUACUGUAGGUUUGUGUUGCUAUCCAGAGAGGCUAGAGUUGGCCAUAGGAGAAAACUCUUCCCUGGUCUGUCUGGUCACCUCUAUGAUUGAGUCUUUUUUUUUUUUUUUUUCAAUCUUGUCUCAUCGCUGCAACUCCCCAACGGGCUCGGGAGAGGCAAAGGUUGAGUCAUGCGUCCUCCAAAACAUGACCAGCCUAACUGCGCUCCUUAACACCACAACUAGCUUAACCUGGAGGCCAGCCACACCAAUGUGUCAGAGGAAACACUGUUCAACUGGCGAACGGGGUCAGCCUGCGGGAACCUGGCCUUCCACAAGGAGUUGCUAGAGCGCGAUGAGCCAAGUAAAGCCCCAUCGUCCAAACCCUCCCCUUACCCGGAUGACGCUGGGCCAAUUGUGCGCCAUCAUAUGGGACUCCCGGGCCAUGGCCGGUUGUGGCACUCCCCGGGUAUGAACCCAGGUCUGUAGUGGCUUAGACCGCUGCACCACUUGGGAGGCCUAUAAAUGAAUCUCUAUGACAACAACAUACCCUCGGUCUGCAGCAUCCAUCCCCAUGAUAAACACCUAAUUCUCCCAACAACAAUAGCAGUUACCCAGAACAACCCUACCAGCGCAUAUCAUUAUGUCUGUCCUUCAGUAUGGUGGAUGCGAAUCGGGAGGUAACAAAAAAAAAGAACUAAAUUAAUUCAAGAGAUUAAGAGAUCAAUAUCAGUUCUAUUGUGUUUGGAGGUGGAUGGAUGCACUCAGGUCACCUCGCCUCAUCAAAUGACACGAGGAGGACAAGUACCUGGGACCUCAGCUCUGUUGUGGCGCCAUGUUUUUGGGUGGUACUAUGGGACCAGGAGAACAGAGGCACAUCCAGGAAUGGCAGCGUGUGAUCUGUUAUAGGAAAAGUGCCUACACUAGACCACAUCGAUACAGACAUACUCACUGCUGGAGAGAAUCUCUAUCUGCUUAUGUCCAAACAAGGCCCACACCUCAGGCUGGCUGUGUUAUGUACUGUAUCGGUAUGUUCACAAAGGCAAUGUUUCCCAGGGAAUGAUCUGAACAUGGGCUAGAGAGAUGUGUCUGACUGAAAUACAGUGGGAAUCAUCCAGCUUUGGGAUGCUUUGGGUAUACAAUAGAGAGGAUCAUGUGGAGUCAAAUUUGACUUUCUAUCACUUCUUUUUUUAUGAUGAUAUAAAGACUUUUGAUCCAGGAUUCCCUUGGUUCUAGAAUGGAAUGGAUGUAUUCUACUGAGUACUAUACCUACCUACCGCUCAGUGGUCAUAUUAAAUAUGGCCAGUGUGCAGAACUGGACUGCAGACGAUUUUCUAUGAUAUCAUACAAGGUGGGAUAAAAAAGAUAGUAGCGGGGCAUUUUUUUACGAGGGAGGUUAUUUGUUUGAUGUUCAAGAGAGCAGUAGGAUAGGAGGACAUCUUUUAUUUCACAAAUAAGGGAUAGCUGAUUCACUUGAGUUUCUCAUCGGUUUCACACCACAACAUAUUUAAACAAUCACAGCAGCUUAGUAGCCAAUAGGUGUCUGACAAAUGAAAGGAGAAUGUUGCUUUAUUACAACCACGUCUUUAUUUUUGAAGGCAUGUUAUAGAAGGGUCCAGACCUUUAUUUUUGUUGUUGCAAUUUCACUUGUUUUUGAGAAACAUACCCCAACCAGCGAGUCACAACCUCAUCCUCGUUGUGCAGUACGGGAGCUCUGAAAAAAAACAUGAACAAAUGCUCCAAAAACACUCAAAUCCUUUUAGAAACGGAAAACCUUCAGUAUAGUGAUGCAGGUCUUUAGAUAUUGUACACGUGAAAUUGUGUCAUUCCGAACUUUAUCCGCAACAUUAUAUUCCAUUUUGUGCAACUCAAGCUGUUUCCCCUAUCCAGCUGUUCCCAUUCUCCUAGUGGCCUGCUGCUAAAAUGGACGGAGAGGUAUCAUUCGAGUUGCAACAAAAUGGAAUACACGUUGCGGAUAAAGUUCGGAAUGGCACAAUUUCAUGUGUACAACAUCUAAAGACCUGCAUCACUAUACUGAGAGGGUUCCUGUUUCAAAAACUAUUUUUGGAGCAUUUGUUCAUGUUUUUUCAGAGGAUGAGGAAAUGACUUGCUGGUUGGGGUAAGUUAAAUAAAAUAAAAUAAAAAGUGAAAUUGCAAAAAUAAGUGUCUGGACCCUUGUAUAAUACUCCAAUUCAGUACAUAUAAAAUUGAGAUUUGGUUGUAAAAACACACACUAUUCUCCUUUAAGAUCUUACAAAAAUAAAAUAAUGUA